GAGAUUCACAGAGGCGAUUGAAGCUUUGAUGAAAUGUAAAAGUGAAACUAGCUGGAUUAAAUGUAUUUUGUGAGUGUUAUUACAGAACAUGUAGGAGGUGGACUCUCGUCCCUCCCAUUUUUUUCAGCCCAAAUCUUCAAGCUGGGUAGACAGAACCUCUUUGCUUUCCUGUGAGAAUAGGCAGCCACUGUCAGAGAGGGGCUGAGGGAGUUUGGGAGAUCACAGACGAAGGGGGGGGGGGACCAGAUGACCCUCCACAGGCUGAUAAUGUAAACAUUUCUGCAGCAACUGGUGGAACCGUGGGAGUUUGAAGUGAAACCUGAAGAAUUAUCCAGCAGGAAAAGUGUGCACCGACAUUAUAUAAAAGGACGAGCUGAGAGGAUCAUGAGCCUGGUGGAGGUAAGGCCCACGCCGGGGUCGCUGACCUUGCCCCUCUCCUGCAACAAUGAAAACGAGCAGCUCCACGGCAGGACCAUGUCACCAGACCUACGGCAGGACUUCAACAUGAUGGAGGAGAAGAAGCGAGUGACCCAGAUCCUGCAGAGCCCAGUGUUUAAAGAUGAGCUAGAGGGUCUGAUUCAGGAUCAGAUGACAAAGGGCAACACUCCAACUGGCCUCCUGGCGCUGAGACAGAUCGCUGACCUGGUCAUGGCCAGCACCGUGGGAGGGGCCGGCCCCUUGACUUCACCUAUCACCUUAGGAAUGGUGACUCCAGUUAAUGACUUGUUUGGAAUCGAGUCUCCGUCUUUCGCCAAAGGGGAGAAACAGAGUCGCUGCCGGCUGGCCAGCCUCUACCGGCUUGUUGACCUCUUCAGCUGGGCUCGUUUUACAAGUUCAUACAUCACGGUGCGUGUAAGUAAAGAGCAGGAUCAUGUGCUCAUCGGUCCAAGAGGUCUGUCUUUCGCAGAGGUCACUGCAGCAAAUUUGGUGAAAGUCAACAUGAUUGGAGACGUGGUGGACCAGGGGACCACUGACUUAGGCAUCGACCACUUUGGAUUUUCUCCUCAUGCAGCCAUCUAUUCCAUGCGUCCUGACGUGCGAUGCAUCAUCCACCUGCACACUCCUGCUACAGCUGCCGUGUCCUCUAUGAAAUGUGGACUGUUGCCCAUUUCCCAAGAGGCUUUGCUGCUGGGUGAAGUAAGCAGCUUUGGUUACCAUGGCAGCCUGGAUAAUAAAGAGGAGAAAGUGGAGUUUCAGAAGGCGCUGGGCCCGACUGCCAAGGUGAUGAUCUUGCGGAACCACGGGCUGAUCGCACUUGGAGAAACAGUAGAGGAAGCCUUUCACUACGUCUACCACUCACAGCAAGCAUGUGAAAUUCAGGUGAAUGCCCUGGGGUGCGCAGGUGGGCAGGACAACCUCGUUCUCCUGGAUAAAGAGAAGUUCAAGCCCCUGACACAAGGAGUGGCCGCGGCCGGCGUGGGGAUCACCAACGAGUUCAAGUGGAAAGUGGGAGAAGCGGAGUUCGAGUCCCUGAUGAGGAUGCUGGACAACCUGGGCUACAGAACUGGCCACUCUUACAGGAACCCAAUUAUCCGUGAAAAGCCCAGGUCCAAAAAUGACGUGGAGAUCCCUGCCACGGUGUCUGCGGUGCCACAGGAGGACGAUGAGUUAGGUCUGCGAAGCCCCUUUAAGUUUAUGGUGCAGAAACAGCAGAGGGAGAGAACCCGCUGGCUCAACUCACCAAACAGCUAUUUGAGAGUCAAUGUCCCCGAACAGUCGCCGAGCGGAGACGUCAGCCCCAGGACCAGGACCAUGUGGAUGAGGUCUUCACAGCCAGGAAACAAUGCUGGGACCCCGAUAAAGAUCGAAGACCCUAACCAGUUUGUGCCGCUUAACACCGAUCCCACAGAAGUUUUGGAUAAAAGGAAUCGGAUCAAAGAGCAGCACAGAGGCGACAUGAUGACCUCGGGACCGAAGUCUCAUUUGCUUGCAGGCAUCGUCGUCGACACUGUUCCCGGACCUGCUUUCAUCAUCGAGGAUGAAGAGCAGACUCGCUCUCUUCCCCCGAAUCCCUUCAAUCAUCUGACAGAGAAAGUGCUGGAGGAGUACAAGAACCUGGUGGAGAGGAAGCAGCAAGGACUGGAAGAGGAGGAUGAAGUCACCGAUCCAGAUGAGAUGACCACAUUCGAUGGCUCCACCAUUUCUCUGUCCUUCUCGCCCAUUUCCACGCCGAUAAAGCUGGACUUGCUGAACGGCAGCGACCACCCCAUUGAGAUGGAGGAGGAUCUGAGCGUGGAGAUCUCCAAGCUGAGCAUGAACAGUCCGGAGACAGUGGAGAUCUCCAUCACCAGCAAGCAGAAGCCGGCGGAGACAGAGAACCCCGACAGCCAAAACAAGAAGAAGAAGAAGAAGUUCCGCACACCUUCCUUCUUGAAGAAGAGCAAGAAGAAGGAGAAGAUCGAAAUCUGAGUUGGAAAACUGCUCAUUAUUGUAAGAAAACAGUGUUACUGUAACCUCCGUUUCUAAAUGUUUUAAUGAGACUAAAGUAGGUUUUAAAAGUGAAAACACUUUUCAGCUAACAGCCAGUUCAACACGUUCAUUAAAUUAUUUCAGCUGAAAGUGUGACUUUCGAGAGGCUGAAGAAUAUCUUCAAAGUGACGUCGACUAGAUUGUUAUUGUUUUUCAUUUCAAAUCUCACGUGGUGCGUUCAUUGACCCUGAAAACUGCAACCUGCUCCAUUUAAGAGGGCAUUGACGUCCCAUUGGGUUAUGGUUAUUUGGUUAUGGUUAGUCCAGUCUGGUGCAAAGGUUUAAUCCUUGUUAGGAUGUUCAGCCCGUCUGUGAUCUAAAGUUGUCUUCUAUAUUAGCUCUUUAUGAGUGCCACAGCUUCUCAAGCCCUAAAAAUGGGUCUCAAACAACAGAACUGUUUAAAAAAAAUGUUCCAAUGUGGCCCGCUACAUUGUGGCUUUCAAAUCACAGUCAAGGCAGGUCAUGAAUGCAUGUUGCUUACACCUUUGAAAAUGAAGAUAAGCUCAGAAACACCCCAAAACAAAAUGUGAAUAGAAGAGAAUUUGAUGGACAAAGGGAUGUGUUUCACAGUACAAACUGAAAUAAAUAUAAUUUUGAUUGGCAGUUUAUGACAUCUUAUGUGAUCUAGUUUCACGCCCCAGAAUUAAAGGGAUACAAUUUAAUGUUUUCGUGCAAGGUUGAAGCAAAAUAAUCGUUUUUUUAUGCAUACAUAAAACAUGAAUUAAAAUUGUGGUCUAGAAUUCAACCUAAAUCGUAUGGCCUUAUUUAUGGGUGACUGACUUAUUUUCAAGAUGAUUUAAGCUAUUGAAACUAGAUGAACUGCUACGUGAAAAUCAUUUAUUAAAGUAAAUCUAUAAGCUCAAAAGAGACCAAUGUUAGUGAUAAAGCUUCUUGAAACAGAGCCCACAAGAUGGCGCUCUCUGCGCUAAACUUUUAUGGACGUGCAAAACCAGUUCCCUGAAACUUCACAUCAUUUUUGAAACGAGAGCGCCACCUACUGAGCUUUGAAAACGACGACACUGUUUCACAGAGCUUCUUUUGGCCCAUCACUAUUUUCUGUAAAUGGGUCGAAAACUAAUAUUUUCUAUAUAUUAAAACAAUCUGUUCAGUGUUUUUUAGGAGUCAACAUUUCGGAUUAGCAACAUAUGGGUUGUUUAUAUGGAAAUAUCUUUGCACAACUUUGAAUGUAAGCUGAAAGCAGUAGUCCAACUAACUCCAGAUUAUAACCAUUCCAAGUACGGCUUGUUUGUUAUAGCGUUUAUAUGAAUAUUUUUUAUUACUCCUGCGUGUUUGAUACUUUCAUUCUAACUGUAUUCUCGAGAUAUUUACACACUAACUGUGACACGGUAAUAUUUCAUGUUUUUUGUUCGUGCUGCUUGCCUGUAAAUAUGCUUUGUGAAAAGAAGUGAGUGUGCUGUGUAUUUCUCCCUCCUACUAGUGGAACUGCCAGCAUGUGGCCAGUUGAAGCUUUUAUCUGUGGUGUGAGAGGAGCGGUCGGCCCGGUCCAUAAUGUGAACCCUCUGUAUAUAUAUAUAUUCCCAUUGUCCAGCCUUCGCCACAUAGUGUCUAAGACCUGUGUGCCUACAGUUAUCUCCUCUGGUGUUUACAUUGCGGUGUGUUUCCAUGGAGCUGAAGCUCACGCUCCUCAAACUUACAUUCCAUUUGGUGUAAUAAAAGCUGUGAACGGUU